ACAGUUAUAGUGAAUAUUUUAAAAUAAGGAUAAAAUUUAAAACUAUUGUAGUUUUCAAAUACUUUUUGCUUCAGCAAUAUAUUAAGAAAUCUAGGUGAUAUAUAUUUUAUACUAAAAUAAUUUCAUCUUGACGAGCUGUGACCAAUUUUUAGUCUAACAUAAAUCUAAAAUAUUGAAUAGUGCAUGAUUGUCUAAACAAGGAAAAUUCAAGCUUAUAACUAACGCAUGAUUAAAAAGCUAUAAUAAACAUUAGUAUUUGUCGAUGAGUAUUUCAGCACGCAUUAACAACUGAAAGCAAUCUCGCUGAAUUCAGAAGAUAACGUAAACGCAUGCCGUGAAACGACGCCGCGCGCGAUGGGAAGUGAGUGCGAGAGAGGGUUCGUUCACACGUACGAAAUCAUUAUUUUCAGGAUCCCCCGUGAGAAUGCUCGAAACGUUGGGAAGCACCAUCGCGCGAACGUAGCGCGUUCUCUCUGCGAACGAUAAAACGCCGGCACCUCACAGCGAUCGGGAAUAACGCACAACCGAGGCGCGCGGAAGAACGCUUGGUUAUGACGGCGAAGUCGGGGGGUGCGUUAGCGAGGGCAUCGAGUAUCGAUUAGCGGACGAUUCGCGCGGAAUUGAACUCGACUCGUGACACCCUGCACGAUGAUGAUAAUCAGUGACGCAGCGGGUGACAAAGCGCUUCCGGGCGAUACUCGCGGCGGUGACCGCUGCGUGUAGAAGUGAACACGCAAAAUUGUGCAGUGCAUCACGGUCACGACGGGGUACGUCGGGACCGGAUAGAUGAACAUCGGCAUGUCGGUGUCGCGCCUCGACCUGGGCCUGCAAAAUUCAUCUGCCAUGGCGCACGAGGCAAGAGGUCUACCGCAGUUGCGAAUAAAGUUUCAUAAUACGAUCGCCGCCGGUCUCCAAAUAGUCCUCUUGCUCACCGUCCUACCUCAAGAAAGCCUUUGCGGGCACCACGAGAAACGCUUACUGAAUCACCUGCUGGCAAAUUACAACACCUUGGAACGACCGGUCGCGAACGAGAGCGAGCCACUGGAGGUGAAGUUUGGCAUCACUCUGCAGCAAAUCAUCGACGUGGAUGAAAAGAACCAAAUACUCACGACCAACGCGUGGUUGAAACUGGAGUGGACGGACUAUAACCUCCAGUGGAACGAGUCCGAGUACGGCGGAGUGAAGGACCUUCGAAUUACGCCGAACAAGCUUUGGAAACCGGAUAUCCUCAUGUACAACAGUGCGGAUGAGGGUUUCGACGGGACGUACCAAACAAACGUGGUGGUCACGCAUAACGGCAGUUGCCUGUACGUCCCUCCGGGCAUCUUCAAGAGCACAUGCAAGAUAGACAUCACUUGGUUCCCCUUUGACGACCAACACUGUGACAUGAAGUUCGGAUCCUGGACCUACGACGGCAACCAGCUCGAUCUGGUACUCAACUCAGAGGAGGGUGGUGACUUAUCCGAUUUCAUCAUGAACGGGGAAUGGUACCUCAUCGGUAUGCCGGGGAAGAAGAACACGAUAAUGUAUCAAUGCUGCCCGGAGCCGUACGUUGACGUCACGUUCACGAUACAGAUACGCAGGAGGACCCUCUACUACUUUUUCAACUUGAUCGUGCCCUGCGUGCUGAUAUCGAGCAUGGCCCUACUGGGCUUCACCCUGCCGCCCGAUUCCGGCGAGAAGCUCACCCUAGGAGUGACCAUUCUGCUGUCGCUGACAGUUUUCCUGAACCUCGUGGCAGAAAGCAUGCCGACGACUUCGGACGCUGUCCCUUUAAUAGGAGUGACCAUCUUGCUAUCGCUGACGGUGUUCCUGAACCUCGUCGCCGAGACCCUGCCCCAGGUCUCCGACGCAAUACCCCUGUUAGGAUCAUACUUCAAUUGCAUCAUGUUCAUGGUGGCGAGCAGCGUCGUGCUGACCGUUCUGGUGCUCAACUAUCAUCACAGAUCGCCCGACAGAUACGUGAUGCCAAAUUGGAUUAAAUUACUGUUUCUACAAUGGCUGCCGUGUGUGUUGCGCAUGAGUCGGCCGGGCAAGAAGAUCACGAAGAAGACCAUCCUCAUGAGUAAUCGGAUGAAGGAGCUGGAGCUGCAGGAGAGGAGCAGUAAGAGUUUACUGGCGAACGUUUUAGAUAUCGACGAUGAUUUUCGCCAUGGGAACAGCGCCGCGAAUCCUGCCUCGGGCUAUAUAAGCAGGUCGGCGUACGGCACACCGCUGACGAGCAGGCCGGCGACGGUCGAGGAGACUUCGGCAUCGUUGCCUCUCAGCGGCAUGCAGAGGGAACUCCAUACGAUUCUCAAGGAAUUGCAGUUCAUCACAAGCCGCAUGAAAAAGGCAGACGAGGACGACGAGGUUAUUAGCGACUGGAAGUUCGCCGCCAUGGUGGUCGACAGGCUUUGCCUGUUCAUCUUCACGUUAUUCACGGUUUUGGCUACGGUGGUGAUACUGUGUCGUGCGCCACACAUAAUCGUCCAGUAAUAGACUGCCCCGGUCGAACCGAAAAAAUACAUAAAACAUGCCAGGGAUAGCGCCUCCUGGAAUAUCCGGAACGACGUCCGGCACGAUUCGAGGAGGCGGCUACGGAGCACGUCGAAGUGAAAGCGGAGAAAGCGCGGGAAAAUAAAAAUAGACGGACUCGUUAGCCCCUGUCGCGCCCUUCUGCGCAACUCACCCCUCAUCCGGGAGGGGGGAGGAGGAGGGAGAGGGGAAGAGGGAACAAGGGAACGUGUUCUCGCGUUCUCGGAUUCCUCACAGCUGGGAAUUACCGCCGGUUUGUGCGCGACGGUUCCUUCUCGCGACGUGCUUUCGCUCAAACGCGAAGGAAGCAAGAGUGAGACCACCGACGACGUUCAACGGGAAAAGCCACGGGGAGGAUCGACUUCCGGCAGCGACGGCGACGGCGGACGCCAUCGUAGUCUUUUAGCGGACGGGGCACGCGCCUGGGAAAAUGUUUCCGGAUUCAAGAGGAGGGAACACGAAGGGAAUGGGAACAAGGAUCCGAUCGCCGACGUCACGCUCCGUUACGGCUGCGUUAUUUCGUUUAAGUGACUUAAUUAACGUUUCUAGUGUGCGGAACCGGUAGGUAAACGACGCGCGACGCGAGCUGGACGGAGAUUUAGAGGAGGGUGCCUCUAAAUCGUAGGACGAAGGUAGGUGCAGGCGAAAGGGAAAGAGAGAUAAGCACGCGCUGUCGAGUGUAUCUAAUUGCGUUUCGCGAGCUCCUAUCGAUCGCGAUAUCGACCGGCGAUCGCCCGCGGCUGUCGCCGGUGUACGGCGAUCGCCGGUCGUUCUCAUUUCGACGACCGAUGCGAUUUCGCGAGGUAAGGGACGCGCGACAAGUCGACGGCGGCGUCACGAGACAGAAGGAGAUCGCGCAGUCCUCGGAAAGAGCGUUGUUGCGGCCUUUCGAUAAUAGUAACAAUAACGAUAAUAUUUCUUAUAAUAAUGAGAAUAAUAAUUAACGAUAAU